CGGGGGACCUCGCUAGGAGCUGUCAUCUGGAAGGGAGCAGAGAGGAGAACAAUAAACGCAGCGAGGACGCGAACACUCAAGAAGGAGUCAGAAGCUGUUUUCCUGGUGAAGUCAUAUGAUUGGCUGAAGCAGAACUCCUUUGUCUGUGAUUGGUCAUCGAGGGUAGACGCUGUGAUUGGCUGAGAAGUUCAACAUGGACCCACACCAUCCUGGGGUUACCAACAGUUCUUAGCUCUACGACCUGUGACCUCUGACCUCUGACCCCUGGUCAAGGACUGACCUCCUAUCAGGAGGCCCCGCCUCUUCGGUGAUGAUGUCGGUAGACGUGGCCAAUAGGAAUGGCCCUGCCGUGACUCCUCCCGCCUCCCUCAGCCUUCGCUCCUCCCACAACCGUGAUGUCAGAGGCGAUGAUGUCACCAGGCAGGUGAAUUGGGCUACGCUUCCUAAGUGUCGUAAGAAGUAUUCUCUGACCAGUAUCCAGAGUGCAAUGGGGCUGAGUGACCCGACUCUUCCUCCUCCGUCGUCGUCGACUCCCAACAACCCCAAACUGGCCAAGAACGGGCUGAACGCCCUGCGCAAAGCAGCUGAACGUCAUGGACGACAUGACCACAACAAGAACACAACCCCUGACCCCGACUCAACCACAGAGGACUACAGUACAAACAAUAUAACCGGCAAUGAGGACAUCGUCACCAAGAUGAACCUCAACCUCAACCCCGACACCAAGACACAUCUGGACCUGAUAACUAACUUCACGUCCUCAGAUCUGGACCUGAUAACUAACGCAAACUCAGAUCUGGACCUGAAAACUAACGCGAACUCAGAUCUGGACCUGAAAACGAACUUCACGUCCUCAGACCUGGACCUGAAAACUAACUUCACGUCCUCAGAUCUGGACCUGAAAACGAACUUCACGUCCUCAGACCUGGACCUGAAAACUAACUUCACGUCCUCAAACCUGGACCUGAAAACUAACUUCACGUCCUCAAACCUGGACCUGAAAACUAACUUCACGUCCUCAGAUCUGGACCUGAAAACGAACUUCACGUCCUCAGACCUGGACCUGAUAACUAACUUCACGUCCUCAGACCUGGACCUGAAAACUAACUUCACGUCCUCAGACCUGGACCUGAUAACGAACUUCACGUCCUCAGAUCUGGACCUGAAAACUAACUUCACGUCCUCAGACCUGGACCUGAAAACUAACUUCACGUCCUCAGACCUGGACCUGAAAACUAACGCGUCCUCAGACCUGGACCUGAUAACUAACGCGAACUCAGAUCUGGACCUGAAAACUAACUUCACGUCCUCAGACCUGGACCUGAUAACUAACUUCACGUCCUCAGAUCUGGACCUGAAAACUAACGCAAACUCAGAUCUGGACCUGAAAACUAACUUCACGUCCUCAGAUCUGGACCUGAUAACUAACUUCACGUCCUCAGACCUGGACCUGAAAACUAACUUCACGUCCUCAGACCUGGACCUGAAAACUAACUUCACGUCCUCAGACCUGGACCUGAAAACUAACUUCACGACCUCAGACCUGGACCUGAUAACUAACGCGAACUCAGAUCUGGACCUGAAAACUAACUUCACGUCCUCAGAUCUGGACCUGAUAACUAACUUCACGUCCUCAGACCUGGACCUGAAAACUAACUUCACGUCCUCAGACCUGGACCUGAUAACGAACUUCACGUCCUCAGAUCUGGACCUGAAAACUAACUUCACGUCCUCAGACCUGGACCUGAAAACUAACUUCACGUCCUCAGACCUGGACCUGAAAACUAACGCGUCCUCAGACCUGGACCUGAUAACUAACGCGAACUCAGAUCUGGACCUGAAAACUAACUUCACGUCCUCAGAUCUGGACCUGAUAACGAACUUCACGUCCUCAGAUCUGGACCUGAAAACUAACGCAAACUCAGAUCUGGACCUGAAAACUAACUUCACGUCCUCAGAUCUGGACCUGAAAACUAACUUCACGUCCUCAGACCUGGACCUGAAAACUAACUUCACGUCCUCAGAUCUGGACCUGAAAACUAACGCAAACUCAGAUCUGGACCUGAAAACUAACUUCACGUCCUCAGACCUGGACCUGAUAACUAACUCGUCCUCAGACCUGGACCUGAAUACUAACUUCACGUCCUCAGACCUGGACCUGAAAACUAACUUCACGUCCUCAGAUCUGGACCUGAAAACUAACGCAAACUCAGAUCUGGACCUGAAAACUAACGCAAACUCAGAUCUGGACCUGAAAACUAACGUGAACUCAGAUCUGGACCUGAUAACUAACGCAAACUCAGAUCUGGACCUGAAAACUAACGUGAACUCAGAUCUGGACCUGAAAACUAACGUGAACUCAGAUCUGGACCUGAAAACUAACGUGAACUCAGAUCUGGACCUGAAAACUAACGUGAACUCAGAUCUGGACCUGAAAACUAACGUGAACUCAGAUCUGGACCUGAAAACUAACGUGAACUCAGAUCUGGACCUGAAAACUAACGUGAACUCAGAUCUGGACCUGAAAACUAACGUGAACUCAGAUCUGGACCUGAAAACUAACGUGAACUCAGAUCUGGACCUGAAAACUAACGUGAACUCAGAUCUGGACCUGAAAACUAACGUGAACUCAGAUCUGGACCUGAUAACUAACGUGAGGAUAGAGGAGGAGAGGAGGAUAGAGGAGGAAGAGCAGCAGAGGAGGAUAGAUGAGGAAGAGGAGGAGAGGAUAGAAGAAGAGGAGCACAGGCCUCUGUUGAAGAGUGAGAACCAGGUCAAAGCUCCAGACCAGGGGAGCCACCCAGACCUCCACCCUAGCUUUAGGCUCCUCAAAUCGGUUAAAGAGUCUCCGUGUCCCCCUCCUCCCUCCACACCCAGACACAACAGUCCUGAAGACACCCCUCCCCUCUCCUCCUCCUCCUCGUCCUCCUCCUCCUCCUCCUCUCCUCUGAGGCAGAAGGAUAGUGUUGUAGAGGUGAAGACAGACUGUGUUGUAAUCGGGAUCCAGGACGUGAACCCUUCUGGCUGGUCCUCUCUGUCUCAGGAGAACACCUGCCCUCCACUCCCAGAUAUCUGGAGUGGUCAGGGCUGUCAGACAGAAGGAGAUCUUCCCCCAGGCUGGAAGAGGAUCACAGACAAGGCUGAUAUCUACUUCUGGCAUAUCCCUAGUGGAGCUACACAGUGGGAGAGGCCAGCGCCCAGAGACCCUCUCAUCAGACAGGAGGACUCUAGCCUGGGGGACACCACGUCAGCCUCCCCGGCUCCAGACCACAGAGACCCUCUCACCAGACAGGAGGACUCUAGCCUGGGGGACACCACGUCAGCCUCCCCGGCUCCAGACCACAGAGACCCUCUCACCAGACAGGAGGACUCUAGCCUGGGGGACACCACGUCAGCCUCCCCGGCUCCAGACCACAGAGACCCUCUCACCAGACAGGAGGACUCUAGCCUGGGGGACACCACGUCAGCCUCCCCGGCUCCAGACCACAGAGACCCUCUCACCAGACAGGAGGACUCUAGCCUGGGGGACACCACGUCAGCCUCCCCGGCUCCAGACCACAGAGACCCUCUCACCAGACAGGAGGACUCUAGCCUGGGGGACACCACGUCAGCCUCCCCGGCUCCAGACCACAGAGACCCUCUCACCAGACAGGAGGACUCUAGCCUGGGGGACACCACGUCAGCCUCCCCGGCUCCAGACCACAGAGACCCUCUCACCAGACAGGAGGACUCUAGCCUGGGGGACACCACGUCAGCCUCCCCGGCUCCAGACCACAGAGACCCUCUCACCAGACAGGAGGACUCUAGCCUGGGGGACACCACGUCAGCCUCCCCGGCUCCAGACCACAGAGACCCUCUCACCAGACAGGAGGACUCUAGCCUGGGGGACACCACGUCAGCCUCCCCGGCUCCAGACCACAGAGACCCUCUCACCAGACAGGAGGACUCUAGCCUGGGGGACACCACGUCAGCCUCCCCGGCUCCAGACCACAGAGACCCUCUCACCAGACAGGAGGACUCUAGCCUGGGGGACACCACGUCAGCCUCCCCGGCUCCAGACCACAGAGACCCUCUCACCAGACAGGAGGACUCUAGCCUGGGGGACACCACGUCAGCCUCCCCGGCUCCAGACCACAGAGACCCUCUCACCAGACAGGAGGACUCUAGCCUGGGGGACACCACGUCAGCCUCCCCGGCUCCAGACCACAGAGACCCUCUCAUCAGACAGGAGGACUCUAGCCUGGGGGACACCACGUCAGCCUCCCCGGCUCCAGACCACAGAGACCCUCUCACCAGACAGGAGGACUCUAGCCUGGGGGACACCACGUCAGCCUCCCCGGCUCCAGACCACAGAGACCCUCUCACCAGACAGGAGGACUCUAGCCUGGGGGACACCACGUCAGCCUCCCCGGCUCCAGACCACAGAGACCCUCUCACCAGACAGGAGGACUCUAGCCUGGGGGACACCACGUCAGCCUCCCCGGCUCCAGACCACAGAGACCCUCUCACCAGACAGGAGGACUCUAGCCUGGGGGACACCACGUCAGCCUCCCCGGCUCCAGCGCCCAGAGACCCUCUCACCAGACAGGAGGACUCUAGCCUGGGGGACACCACGUCAGCCUCCCCGGCUCCAGACCACAGAGACCCUCUCACCAGACAGGAGGACUCUAGCCUGGGGGACACCACGUCAGCCUCCCCGGCUCCAGACCACAGAGACCCUCUCACCAGACAGGAGGACUCUAGCCUGGGGGACACCACGUCAGCCUCCCCGGCUCCAGACCACAGAGACCCUCUCACCAGACAGGAGGACUCUAGCCUGGGGGACACCACGUCAGCCUCCCCGGCUCCAGACCACAGAGACCGUCUCACCAGACAGGAGGACUCUAGCCUGGGGGACACCACGUCAGCCUCCCCGGCUCCAGACCACAGAGACCGUCUCACCAGACAGGAGGACUCUAGCCUGGGGGACACCACGUCAGCCUCCCCGGCUCCAGACCACAGAGACCCUCUCACCAGACAGGAGGACUCUAGCCUGGGGGACACCACGUCAGCCUCCCCGGCUCCAGACCACAGAGACCCUCUCACCAGACAGGAGGACUCUAGCCUGGGGGACACCACGUCAGCCUCCCCGGCUCCAGACCACAGAGACCCUCUCACCAGACAGGAGGACUCUAGCCUGGGGGACACCACGUCAGCCUCCCCGGCUCCAGACCACAGAGACCCUCUCACCAGACAGGAGGACUCUAGCCUGGGGGACACCACGUCAGCCUCCCCGGCUCCAGACCACAGAGACCCUCUCACCAGACAGGAGGACUCUAGCCUGGGGGACACCACGUCAGCCUCCCCGGCUCCAGACCACAGAGACCGUCUCACCAGACAGGAGGACUCUAGCCUGGGGGACACCACGUCAGCCUCCCCGGCUCCAGACCACAGAGACCGUCUCACCAGACAGGAGGACUCUAGCCUGGGGGACACCACGUCAGCCUCCCCGGCUCCAGACCACAGAGACCGUCUCACCAGACAGGAGGACUCUAGCCUGGGGGACACCACGUCAGCCUCCCCGGCUCCAGACCACAGAGACCCUCUCACCAGACAGGAGGACUCUAGCCUGGGGGACACCACGUCAGCCUCCCCGGCUCCAGACCACAGAGACCCUCUCACCAGACAGGAGGACUCUAGCCUGGGGGACACCACGUCAGCCUCCCCGGCUCCAGACCACAGAGACCCUCUCACCAGACAGGAGGACUCUAGCCUGGGGGACACCACGUCAGCCUCCCCGGCUCCAGACCACAGAGACCCUCUCACCAGACAGGAGGACUCUAGCCUGGGGGACACCACGUCAGCCUCCCCGGCUCCAGACCACAGAGACCCUCUCACCAGACAGGAGGACUCUAGCCUGGGGGACACCACGUCAGCCUCCCCGGCUCCAGACCACAGAGACCCUCUCACCAGACAGGAGGACUCUAGCCUGGGGGACACCACGUCAGCCUCCCCGGCUCCAGACCACAGAGACCCUCUCACCAGACAGGAGGACUCUAGCCUGGGGGACACCACGUCAGCCUCCCCGGCUCCAGACCACAGAGACCCUCUCAUCAGACAGGAGGACUCUAGCCUGGGGGACACCACGUCAGCCUCCCCGGCUCCAGACCACAGAGACCCUCUCACCAGACAGGAGGACUCUAGCCUGGGGGACACCACGUCAGCCUCCCCGGCUCCAGACCACAGAGACCCUCUCACCAGACAGGAGGACUCUAGCCUGGGGGACACCACGUCAGCCUCCCCGGCUCCAGACCACAGAGACCCUCUCACCAGACAGGAGGACUCUAGCCUGGGGGACACCACGUCAGCCUCCCCGGCUCCAGACCACAGAGACCCUCUCACCAGACAGGAGGACUCUAGCCUGGGGGACACCACGUCAGCCUCCCCGGCUCCAGACCACAGAGACCCUCUCACCAGACAGGAGGACUCUAGCCUGGGGGACACCACGUCAGCCUCCCCGGCUCCAGACCACAGAGACCCUCUCACCAGACAGGAGGACUCUAGCCUGGGGGACACCACGUCAGCCUCCCCGGCUCCAGACCACAGAGACCCUCUCACCAGACAGGAGGACUCUAGCCUGGGGGACACCACGUCAGCCUCCCCGGCUCCAGACCACAGAGACCCUCUCACCAGACAGGAGGACUCUAGCCUGGGGGACACCACGUCAGCCUCCCCGGCUCCAGACCACAGAGACCCUCUCACCAGACAGGAGGACUCUAGCCUGGGGGACACCACGUCAGCCUCCCCGGCUCCAGACCACAGAGACCCUCUCAUCAGACAGGAGGACUCUAGCCUGGGGGACACCACGUCAGCCUCCCCGGCUCCAGACCACAGAGACCCUCUCACCAGACAGGAGGACUCUAGCCUGGGGGACACCACGUCAGCCUCCCCGGCUCCAGACCACAGAGACCCUCUCACCAGACAGGAGGACUCUAGCCUGGGGGACACCACGUCAGCCUCCCCGGCUCCAGACCACAGAGACCCUCUCACCAGACAGGAGGACUCUAGCCUGGGGGACACCACGUCAGCCUCCCCGGCUCCAGACCACAGAGACCCUCUCAUCAGACAGGAGGACUCUAGCCUGGGGGACACCACGUCAGCCUCCCCGGCUCCAGACCACCAGGGUGAAGUGUGUAUAGCAGUGUCUCCUGGGUCUGACAGCUCCCCCUCUGACAGCUCUCUGCAGACCCCCCCACUCCACUCCAACCUUCCUGGAUUCAUCAACAGAUGCUACUUUAAGCAGCUGUGGGGUGAUGUUGGAGCUGUGAGUGGGGGAAAGAUUGAUAGUGAGAUUUGGAAGGACCUGCAGGCGGCCACGGUGAACCCUGACCCCAGCUUGAAGGAGUUUGAGGGAGCUACGCUCCGAUAUGCAUCACUACGGAACCCUCCAACACUGGAAGAGGAGGAGUCUAACAGUGACCCUGAGACCAAGUGUUUUGCGGUCCAGUCUCUGGGUUGGGUAGAGAUGGCAGAAGAGGACCUGUCGCCGGGGAAGAGUAGCGUUGCCGUUAACAACUGUAUCAGACAGCUAUCCUACUGCAAGAGCAACAUCAGAGACACUGUCGGCAUCUGGGGAGAGGGUAAGGACAUGUAUCUGAUUCUGGAGAACAACAUGUUGAACCUGGUGGAUCCGAUGGACCGCAACGUGCUUCACUCUCAGCCAAUAGCAAGCAUUCGUGUCUGGGGGGUUGGCCGAGACAAUGGCAGGGACUUUGCGUACGUAGCGAGGGAUAAGGACACCAGGAUUCUGAAGUGUCAUGUGUUCCGUUGUGACACGCCAGCUAAAGCCAUCGCUACCAGCCUCCACCUCAUCUGCUCUAGGAUCAUGUCGGAGCGUAAGCAUGCUAAAGCAUUAUCAGGGGCGUUGUCAGGGGGCGUGUCUCUACACGACAGAAUGCAGUCAGGACUAGGCCUCCCACUACAAGCAGAGUUCCCCACUCCAAAGACAGAGUUGGUGCAGAGAUUCCAGGUGCUGUAUCUGGGUAUGAUACCAGUAGACAGACCUAUAGGUAUGGACAUAGUGAACGGGGCGAUAGACAGUCUGAUUGGUUCUUCCAGUAGAGAGGAGUGGAACGCUGUUAACCUCAACGUGGCUGAUGCAACCCUCAUUAUCAGCAACCACCAGGAGGAGGAGGAGGUGUUGGUGGAGUGCAGGGUGAGGUUUCUGUCCUUCAUGGGGGUAGGGAGGGACAUCCACUGCUUUGCCUUCGUCAUGGACGGAGGAGGACAACGCUACGAGUGUCACGUGUUCUGGUGUGAACCCAACGCUGGACAGCUCUCUGAGGCCGUACAGGCUGCGUGCAUGUUAAGGUAUCAGAAGUGCCUGUUGGCUCACCCCCCCUCCCGGAGCCCCUCCUGUGACUGUGGCUCCUCCCCCCCUGGCAGCGGCGGUGGUAACCGCGGUAACGGCGUUGUGGGAGGAGAGUCUGUGUGUCAACGUGUCUCCAGCAGCGUGAAGAGAGGAGUGCUGUCCCUCAUCGCCACCCUCAAACAGAAGGGACCGCUGACCCACCGGAGUAACCGCGGAAACUAA